GAGAAGCCGCGUAGAGCCGCUCCCGGGCUCCGCGGCUCUCAGCUGCUGCGGGAGGUGCCAUUUUCGGCCCCCGGCGCGCCGCCAUGUGGGCAGGCUGGCAUGGGCGCCCCGCAGGCUCUUCUCGCCCCCUCGCAGCCUCGGUCCCCGCGGCUUCCGCGCUCUUUUGUCCCCGUUCGUGGGCGUGCUGCGAGAGAGCACGGUGCGCUGCGUCGGCCGCGGGGCGCCCGUGCUGCUCGGCGCCCGCCGCUCCACCUGUUGCUAACGAAGCAGUUUGCAGCGAGCAUGGCAACGCUUGCGAGGCUGCUGUGGUAGGAGCGCAGAAAUGUUAGACGUUGUCUCGGCCAUCGUGCGUUCUUGGAAACUUCAUCAUUUGGCAGCACAGGUCUUAGCGUUAUAGCGAGGGAGAAGACUAGCACGGCCCUUGUGCAAGGGUGACAGGCACAUUCCCUGAGUUUUGCUAGGGAAUUCAGCAAAAGCUACUCCCCCAGCCCCAAAACUGUUGCUGUGUCUUCAGGCACUGAAUAAAACUGCCCAAACUCCAGCCAUAAACUGUAUGUUUCUCAUCUUAAAACAAGGAUCAAUGUUUGUGUCUGUGUCUUUCAAAAUACUACUUUAUCUCCCCCCCCCCCCCAAAAAAAGAGAUGAUUCUCUGCUGAUUUCUUUUUAAUGCAAUGACAGUAUGAGGAAAAAAAAGAGAAAGCAAAUUCAGUACUAGGGUUUAAAUCCUUGUUCAUAUUGUAAUUCUGUGUUUAAUAUUUUUUACUGUGAAGUAUAAAAAUAGGCAAUGGCACUGAUAAAACAAGAAGGAACACCAGCUACAAAAGAAAUAAAUUGCUAUGUUAGGACUUGAUUUUUUUUUUCAUGCUAUAUUGUUCUUUUUUUCCCCAGAGUGGUUUGAUUUAAAACUUUCUCAUUCAUCUGCUGAAAUCCUUUCCCUAAGGAAAAAUUAAUUUUCUUUUCUUUAGAUUGAUUCCCAUAAAAUGACAGGGAGAGUUUCCCAUGUCCCUUACUCUUUUCGCAAUUACUUUAAAUCAUUAUAAGCUGCUGCUGUUGCUGAAAGAGUUGCUCCAGCACUCAUUUCCCUCCCUGUCAAUUUUGCCCUCUGCCUUCUGUGAGUGAGCACAGGCAUUUUUGGAGUUGUGCUGGGAGUUGGACUGGGGAACUCAUCAAUGUUAAAACUUUCAGAUCUUCUGCUAGAAUAGUUUUAAUCUGUAUCAGUUUCGCAUGCAGGUGAUGCUUGUGCCAUGCGUGAAUGCCUGUGCUAGCACAGGGGAGAAAGUAGAUCUUAGUGGGGCAUACUGGCUAGAGGCCGGGGGAAUUUGCACUCUCUUUUUUUAAUGGACAUGCCAGUUUAAGGUAACUGUAAAAAUAGGAUCUUAAAUAUCUGCUACUGUAGAUUCAUAAUAUGGAAAGAGGAGAGCUUUGCUGGAAUUAGAAAGUAAGGCUGUCAUACUCCAAUCGUUGUAAAGCAGCCUUUGAAGAAUCAUACUGACUUUCUUCUGCAAGUAAAAAUCAACUGCUGUUUGAAAAUCCAUGACACUUUUAGAAAAUACAGCUCAGGAAUUAAAAAGGAAUAAUAUAUAAUGACAGCUGGGAUGCAGAUUUUGGAUAAGUCCUUCAAAGCAGAUAAUAAAAUUUGCUGAUUUGUCGUCAUCCGCAAUCAAUUUUAGAUUUCUUUCCCUAUCUCUUUGUCCUGCAGUUAAGUGGAGCUGACUUCGCAAAAUGCUCCAAUCCUGACUUGGAGACCUGAUAGGAUAUACCCUAGAAAAUAACAGUAAGAAGCAAACAUUCAGUCAGUACAAGGUGAUUUAAUGGCUUUUGACCAGGAUCCUGGUUCAGAACAAUGGCAAAAAACUGUGCUGAUUAACUAGUUAAAUAUUUGGAAGACUGCUUCUUUUGGUGGGAGGAGAUGACAUGAAGAAGUAAUACCCUGCAGUCUGCUCUCCUAACUUCAUGCGAAAAGAGCUGAAGAGGAAACUUUUAAAGAGAAAUAGUGUUUUUUCCAGACUGAGGCUGACAGCUUCCCAAGAAAACACAAAAUGUCUCCUGAAUCAAAACAACUUUUCAACAUACUUAUGUUGGGAGUCUCAUUUAUGUUUAUAUUUACUGCUUUCCAAACGUGUGGAAAUAUUGCGCAAACGGUUAUCACAAAUUUAAACAACACAGAUUUUCAUGGCAGUGGCUAUACAAGCAUGUCCAUUAUUUAUGGAGUUUUCUCUGCAUCAAAUCUUAUUUCACCUUCAGUAGUCGCGGUAGCAGGACCUCAACUCUCCAUGGUUAUUAGUGGUGUAUUUUAUAGCCUAUACAUUGCAGUUUUUAUCCAGCCUUCUACAUGGGCUUUCUACACUGCUUCGGUUUUUAUUGGCAUUGCAGCUGCUGUACUAUGGACGGCACAGGGAAAUUGUUUGACUGUAAAUUCUGAUGAAAACACCAUUGGAAGGAAUAGUGGAAUAUUUUGGGCACUCUUACAGUCUAGCCUGUUUUUUGGAAACCUCUAUAUAUACUUUGCUUGGCAAGGAAAAACUCACAUAUCAGAGAGCGAUCGUAGAACUGUUUUCAUUGCUCUGACUGUUAUCAGUCUUGUGGGCACAGUUCUGUUCUUUCUGAUUAGAAAACAAGAGGACACAAAAGCUCCAGGGGAAGAAGAUUCUACUAAUGAAAUCCAGGGGGACAGCUCGUCUUCCCAAAGUAAAAUGACGAGAGCAGUGGCUGCCUUUAAAAGAUCUAUUAAGCUGAGCUUUACCAAAGAGAUUCUGCUUCUCAGUGUUACAACAGCAUAUACAGGUUUGGAAUUAACUUUCUUUUCUGGAGUGUAUGGAACGUGCAUUGGUGCUGUGAAUAGGUUUGGUAAUGAAGAGAAGAGCCUUAUUGGUCUGUCUGGGAUUUUUACUGGUGUUGGAGAAAUUUUAGGUGGAGGAAUCUUUGGUUUAGUGAGCAAGAAGAAUCGCUUUGGCAGGACCCCUGUUGUGAUGCUAGGCAUCAUUGUACAUUUUGUAGCCUUUUAUUUAAUUUUUUUCAACAUGCCAAAUAAUGCUCCUAUUGCUCCUAUGGAAGGAACAGAUGAUAUUGCUUAUAUGAUUCCAAGCAAGGAGGUGGCCAUUUUCUGCAGCUUUCUGUUGGGCCUGGGAGACAGCUGCUUUAACACGCAACUCCUCAGUAUUUUGGGAUUCCUUUAUUCAGAAGACAGCGCUCCUGCCUUUGCCAUCUUUAAGUUUGUUCAGUCCAUCUGUGCUGCCGUUGCAUAUUUCUACAGCAACUACUUCCUCCUGCAGUGGCAACUCCUGAUCAUGGUGGUUGUGGGGUUCUUUGGAACAAUCACCUUCUUUACGGUGGAGUGGGAAGCAGCAGCCUUUGUUGCCCGUGGCUCUGACUACAGCAGCAUUUGAUCUAGGGGCCAUGCCCAGCCCAAUGUAAGGAGAAGCGCAGGCACAUUUACUGUGAAGCAAUGUGAGAAGGUGAAAAGAUCAAGUUGCAGAGGCUAAGAUGAAGGAAGUCACUGCUAAAUCACUGUCAGUCUGACUGAUGGGAACUGUGAUAAUGAAACUGUGAUAAUGAAACAUGGGGAAAAAUGCCAAGAUUGGAAGUUUUUUUUUUCUUGCUUUAAUCAACUGAGCAUGAGAUGCAGGUUCUCAAGCAUCAGAUAUUAGAAAUGGGAGGAAGUAGAGAUCUGUGCAUUGAACAGCUUUGUUCUGAGGCAUCCCUUUCUGAAUGCGUAAUUGCCUAAUUUCACUCUAUCAUGCACUACAGAAAUUACAGUUUUCUUCCUCUCACCUAAAUUAUUUUAUCUGGGUUCUAGUUCUGCAGGCAUAAAAAUACCACUCAUUCAAUAGAAGAAUUUAUAUCAGGUACGUUAUGUUUCUGUGUGUCUGCGUGACUGACAAAUCAGUUCAUGCCAUUGACUUUUUCAACAAUUAGAUAUACAGAAGUAUUUCUGUGGAAGAUGAUGUCGUCUUAUUCAGUAUUAUUACCCAGUUUCUUGAUUUCCAAGCAUUUGUUGUUAAUCUAUUUCUUGUUUUUAAAUUUAACCAGAUGCAUUUUUUAAGAGAAAGUGAAUCUUCUGGAGUGUGAUGUAAUAGCUUUUUGCAAGACUUUGAGCAAAGACCCUUUUGCUUGUCCUUUUUAAGGACAUGAUCCUGAGAUGUGUGGAGCACUGACAGUUGACAAUGGGGUAUCUGUUGGAGUGGAGUGUUCACCACUUCUCAGAAUCCAACUGCUUUGGGAUGGGUGCUGUAACUUUCUUCAGGUGAUGCUAUAUGAAGGACCGUAAGACAUGGUUUCCCUCCCGCAAUCAUUUAUGCUCCCAGGUAAUUCUGUUGAGUUCACUGAAAUUCUCAUCUGCUAUUACAGUUUAAUUGCAGAGUGAUGACAGCUGUUGUGAAAGGUGUUCUGUGAUGGGAGUGUUUUCUGAGACCUUCUUAAAGUAUGAAUAGACUCAGAAUAUGAACUGGAAAAAUAAUCUUGCCGUAUUUAUCCUACUGCAUAGUCUGAAAAUAUCUGAAAAGGUUGACAUAGGUUGUUUUAUUCAGUAUAUUUUGGGAAGACAUGCUGUGAUCUUACUCUGCCAAAUGCAAAAACAAGGCUAAUACCAUAGCAACUAAGUUUUUAAUUCAAAACUGCUACAGAUGGUCCUAUAAAAUAGGCAGCAGAUGCAACCCGCCUUGAUGUUUUUGUUUAUCUGCUUGACUUUGUAGUACUUGCAGUUACCUUUCUGUCUUGUCGACAGACAAGAUGCAGCUGAGAGCAGAUACGGAACACUGAGAGAGAUUUUUAUUUAUUUGUUAUUAAGACACUCCACGUGGCUAUUUUUAGAAGAGUACUGUCUGUCGACCUUUUUGUGCACACUCAGAAUGUUCAUGUCUUAUUUUUAAAGACAAGUUGGAAAGUGACUCAGAGUAUGUGUCGGUAGCUCCUGCAUGUCACAACUACAUAGACGUAGCAGGGGUUAAACUUGAAGAGGGAGUAUGGUAUCUCCUGUGACUUUUGCUGUCAGUUUUGCUCUCACAGGGCAAGUAACACAACUCUCUCGAGGCAAAUCCCUGUUCCUGCAUGGUAAAACAGUGGAGAAGCAUUCUUUUUGAGGCAGAUAGGAAUUCUGAAUUCAUUCCAGAUUUUUGCUGUGAGGCCAGUGAGGGGCUAACUGGAAAAUUAGUGGGCACCUGAGCGGUUGGCAAGCAAAGAAAUUAGUGAGCAGAGUCAGGAAAGCCUUUCUGUAUUCCAGGAGAUUGAGUAAGUGAUAUAAAAGAAUGAGAGGAAGGAGAACACACACCAAGAGAAGGGUUGCUGUAGCUGUUCUAAUUUGCCAGGCACACUGAAAAAACAGUGUUUAUGGUAUUUGGUCAAUAUAUAUGGUUAAUGCGACUGGCUGCACUUUAAUGUGUCUUAAACAGUCUCUAUCCUGUAAUUUGAAAUGUACUAUUUUUAUAUAUUAUACAUUGUAAAAGGUAUAGGUGACAGGAUGCUUUCAAUGGUUAGAUUUCUCUUGUUGGAUACUUGCUAGUACUUUCUCUAAAUUACCAAAAGGGAUAAAGAGCUUUUCUUAAGAUAUGGAAUUAUUGGCUUAAGUCCUCAAACUGUUCUUGGGACCUGUUCUCCCCUACGUAUUGGUGAGAGAAGACAGACUGAAAGUCCACAAGGAACAAUUUUGUCUUAGAGUACAUAGAAGACAAAAUGAUUCUCAGGUCUUGUGGCGAUGAGCAACUUAUAGAUGCAUUUAAUAUAAUGCAAUUUAAUUUUAGCUAGGCAAUGGUUCUCAUGAGGUUGCUUUUAAAACUGAUCCCUUUUAAUGAACUUCUGUGUUGUUCAUCUGGGAUAUGAGAAUUAUAUAGACUAU